GGGAAUAAUGCCUACUGGGUGGACACCACGAAGUCACAAGGCGGGAAGGUUUGGGACUUUUCUGUAUACUCGGAUGGUUAUAAGAAAUUCGACAGGGACGGUGAUCGGAUGGUUCUCGAUUACCUGGAGAUCGAUACCAUGAACAAGCGCCUGACUGUCUUCAACGCUCAGAAUGCAUUCGACCUUACUAAGCCUCGUCUGAAGAUGCGUGAGGUUCUCAAAGAGUGCUGGACCAUAACAGGUCUCAAAACCAACGAGCUAAAGGAAAUUAAGGGCUCCAUGGUUCAGAACGACGACAUGAAAAAGGCUUUUGUAGACUGCCGCAAGACCAUGAAAUUGGGCGCCGUGGCCCCUUUCGCUGUAUCAGCUGCGGAUAAAAACAACGCCCAGAAGGCUUGCUGGGCCAGGAUCGGAAAGACCAUCUUUGUCGCCUCCAUUAAGGGCGCCAUUGCGAGUUUCGACGUCAAGAAAAGGCUUCUCAAGGUAGAGGUGGAAAACUCAUGGCGAGGCGACAAUGUCCUCUUCACUUUGUCUGUAUGA